UAACUUAUGCAUGAUUAACAAAUAACAGGCAUCCACGGCAGCCAAAAGCCAAAAAACACACCAGGAGAAAACUCUCUUCGAUCCAAAAUCCAAUCUAACAUCUCAAAAGUUUUGAUCUUUUUAUAUAAUCCCAAUCAAACAAGUAAUUAUUUUUCUGGGUUUUAAUCCUUUUAGCUCAACAUCCACUGCAUUCAAAGAUCUAGAGAGAGAGAGAGAAAGAGAGAGAGCAAGAAGCAAGCAGUGAAGGCAAUGAAGCUGAAUUGGAUGCACUGGUUUUAUCACAAGCACAAGCAUUUGGUGGUGAAGUUUGGAGUUGCAAUCCUUCUGAUGGGUCUUGCUUUUCGUCUCUUUCUCUCCACCUCCAAUGAGUUUUCGCCCAAAACAGAAGCCCCUUUUCCUGGGGAAACUGAGGAUUUAGAACAGCCAAUCUGUGGAAUUUCCACAAAACGAAGAUCAGGAUGAGAUGCCUUUUCCCGGAAAAGAAACCCAUUUUCCCGAGAAUACUGUGGAUUCAGAGCAGCCAAUUUCUAGGCUAGUUCCAGGAGAUGGAGAUCAGGACCAGAUACCUCCACCAAAUGGAAAGUGCGAUCUUUUCUCUGGGGAUUGGAUUCCGAGUACUUCGGGUGCAGCUUACAAUGAGAGCUGCCCCACAAUUGAAAAUCCUCAGAAUUGCAUAAGAAAUGGGAGGCCUGAUACAGGGUUUCUAUACUGGAAGUGGAAGCCGCGAUAUUGUGAAAUCCCAAAAUUUGAUCCAGGGAGAUUUCUUGAAAUGAUGAGGAACAAAGCAUGGGCGUUGAUUGGUGAUUCGAUAUCUCGUAACCAUGUCCAGUCGUUGCUGUGCAUGCUCUCCACGGUUGAACGAGCCGUUCAAGUGUACCAUGACAAGGAUUACAGGUCCAGAAGAUGGCACUUCCCCUCUUACAAUUUUAGCGUCUCAGUUAUUUGGUCCCCAUUCCUUGUCCAAGCUGCUAUUUUUGAAGACUCUGAUGGUGUGUCGUCAUCUGAAGUUGAGCUGCAUCUUGACAAGCUUGAUAAGAAGUGGGUGGAUCAGUACCACGGCUGGGACUACAUGAUAAUUUCAACAGGGAAAUGGUUUCUCAAAAGUGCUAUCUACUACGAGGGCAAUGAAGUUCUGGGAUGCCAUUACUGUCCUAAAAGGAAUCUGACAGAGUUGGGGUUUGAUUUCUCUUAUCGCAAAUCCCUGAGAUUUGUGAUGAACUUUAUAGUAAAGUCAGAUUACAAGGGCACAAUAUUUUUCAGAACGUCCACACCUGAUCAUUUUGAGGGCGGGGAGUGGAAUACUGGGGGAAACUGCAAGAAAACGGCCCCAGCUAAAGAAGGUGAGGUUGAAGUGAAGGAGGUAAAUAAGAUUCUGCGUGGCAUUGAACUAGAAGAAUUUCCGAAGGCAGCUGCUGAAGCUUCUAAACAUGGGGUGAAUCUCAAACUCCUUGACCUUUUCCAACUUUCUUUGUUGAGACCUGAUGGACAUCCAGGUCCAUAUAGGCAGUAUCAUCCAUUUGAACAAGGCAGAAACGCGAAGGUUCAGACUGAUUGUUUGCAUUGGUGCUUACCGGGACCUAUAGAAUCUUGGAAUGAUAUAUUAAUGGAGAUGAUAGUAAAUGGAUAAGAAACAUCAGCCUACUUCGCUGCCGGAAUUCUUAUUUUUUUCCCCUUCUAGAUCAUGAGAGAGCAUAUAAUGGAUCCUGGUAAAGCUUCUUGCAGAAGUUUCUGAUGAAUCGUAAAUUCCUUCUCUGCCUUGUCUGUACAACAAAUUUUCGUUCUUCUCCGGAUGAACCGGUUCAUCUUUGCCAAGACUGAAUCUUUACCGGCGUCUACUGGCCUGUGAUUUAGAUCCUCAUCUGUAGUUACAAAGAAAAGAACACUGCAAAAUGAUCAUGAUGUUGUAUUAACCGCACUCUCAACAAGAAUUCGACUCUCGCGGCAUCGCGCUCCCAUCCAUCGAGCAGAACUGCCUGCAACCUUGCUAUAAACUUAUAACUUUGUAAUCUUGAUUCAAAAUCUGUUUUUUAUUUUUUUUUCCCGAAUUUCAUUUAAUUUGUUAUUUCCCCCCAAAAAAAAUCAUGUUACUUUAUGUGCUGUUUAAGUGUGAAAAACGAAACAAUUUUUUUUUUA